AUGAUUGUGAUCAGCGACUUCAAAAUGCUGUGGACUGCAAGUGGAAUCUGGCGCCGCUUCUUGAAGAAGGCUUUGGAAAAGACCGUGGCAGUGACAUCAGACUACAUUGAAGUGAUGGCAGAACCGGAGGCAGAAUAUGAAAAUGGAGUGCUUGUUGGACCAAAUGGAACUGUCAGAGCAUCAAACUUCUAUGAUGAAUGGAAAGAACAUGACAGCAACAUCAGUCAAGAAGCACCAUCAAAUGAAUUCGUCGCCACCUUGGAUUUAGACAACCAUCAACAUCACAGCCGUCAACAUGCCGAAGGAGUGGACAACAAGCCCGACUUUGUCAUCGAUGCCGACGUUCUGGACACCUAG